AUGAAAUUUGUCAAAAAAAUAAAUGAUGCAAACAUAAUAGAUGUUGAUUAUUAUUUUAUUGUAAAAUUUAAUUUUUUUGUUCUUCUUGAAAAUGAACAUGAUGGUCUAUCGGAUGAUGGAAAGGUCUUGCAUAAGGGUAGUGAUAAAAUAUUAUUAUUAGAAAAAAUAAAAAAAUUUAAAAAGUUUAAUAACCUUCAAAAGAGGAAGAAGCAGAAGAGAAAGAAGAAGAGAAGGAGGGCGAGAAAAAUUAAAGUCCUCGUGAUAGAGAAGAACAAGUGUAGAGCGAAAAAUGGCAAUACAAGAAAAAAGGAAAAAAGAGCACGUAAUGAUAGCGGUGAGUACAACCAUCAUACCACUGCCGAUGGUGAGGCGGAGGACAGUGCAGAUGUUACUGCUACUGCUACUGUUACUGCUGGUCGUGAUGAUGAGCGAACGACAGCAAGUAAAGCCUUACCAAGGACACCAAAAAAAGGGGCUCAUUGCAACUUUGAAAUAAUGACUUACUUACUUAUUGAUAGAGAGUUUUUUAGUUACCCUGUUAGACUUAAAUGCAGAACUAUUAACUGGAAAAAAAAGUAUAAUCAAAAGAGUGGUACAAAAAAAAAAAAAGGAAAUUUUGUUUUUUCAGAACAGAGAAAUAAUACAGACUCAUCAAAUAAGUUUGAAGGUGAUUAUGUUAAUUUUUCAUCGCAAAAUGACGAUUCACCAAGUGAAAACGAGAUAGCGAAAAAUUUAGCAAAAAUAUUGCAUGCGUCUGAUAAAAGCGGUAUGAACAAAAAAUAUGAGGAGAAGGAACAACGGAAGCAGCAUUGGCAUCGACAUUGGCAAGAGGAGAAGGGUGAGGGAGCAAUGGAAAAAACCAUCGUGGAAAGGGAUGCGCGUGAACCGUUAAAUGGAAAACCGUGCAAUGGAAGAAAGGGAGAAACUAAUAAGAACAAUACUGCUAAGUACAAUGUUGAUAGGGGAUGCACAUCCAACUGCUUCUCUGAUUUGGAUAGUGCAAAUAAUCCCAGCAGCAGCGGGGAAUUGAAAAGGAACGUAAAAAGAUACGACAGUGUAACAACACUGCUAACUCAAAAGAGAGCAAAGGUGAUUUCUAAGAAUAUAUGCUUAAUAAAUGAGUACGUGAAGUUUCCAAUAAAAUACUGUCAGUUAAGCACAAAGAGCUAUAUCUUUUUUAUUAUAAAAAAUAUUAGAAAUGACGAUAUGGUAUACUACAGCUAUUGCAGUCUGUUUUCUCAUGAGGAUAUACUAAAACAAGGAGUACAAAUAAAAAAAUUAUAUCAUGUUAAAAGAAAAAAAAAAAAAAUUAUAGAAUACAUUACUAAUGCUUUGAAAAAGAAAAUUUACUGCGCUAACGAAAAUUCGUUAAUAAAUAUUACCAAUGAGCAGAUGUAUACAUUUUUAAAAAAAAAUUUACUUUACCAUGAUUUGUUAAAACUAUAUAAUUUUGAGGCAAAAAAUAUGAGGAGUAGUACGAACAGAAGCAGUAGUAUGCACAGAAGCAGUAGUAUGAACAGAAGUAGUAGUAUGAACAGAAGCAGUAGUAUGAACAGAAGCAGUAAUAUGAACAGAAGCAGUAUUAUGAACAGAAGCAGUAGUAUGCACAGAAGUAGUAGUAUGAACAGAAGUAGUAGUAUAAACAGAAGUAGUAGUAUGAACAGAAGCAGUAGUAUGAACAGAAGUAGUAGUAUGAACAGAAGUAGUAGAAUGAACAGAAGCAGUAGUACGAGGAGGAUUACAUUCAUGGAAAGGCAUCUGCAGGGUACUAACGAGACUAGCGCUUCUAACAAAAUAAAAAAUGCAGAUAAAUUAGCACAAGAAAUGAACAAGAAAAAAAAUGUUAACGUUAUAAAUAAUAAGAGCUUAAAAUCGUACAGCAAGAAAAUAUUACACAUUGCGAAAAUAUUUAAAUGGAACAGACACAACAAAGAAAAUAUAGAUUAUGGGAAAUGUACACACAUGAGUGUUCAUUCGAGAGAAGGCACCAAAAUUAGUGGUGAUGAUCAGAAGGAGGAAGAGAAAGGUUUUGCUUCUGACAGAAAUAGAAACAAAACAAGCAAUGCAAACAGGAACAAUGACGCAUAUGUUGUAGCAAAAAAAAAAAAAAAAAAAAAAAAAAAAGAUGUACAUAAGGAUAUGCAUAAAGAUAUACAUGAAGAAGAGGGUAUGAAUGAGGAUGCACAUGCAGACAAUCGUGAGGAUAAUGAUACACGAGGAUGCUGCUCUGCAAACGGCUGGUCAAGCAAGCGAACGCGCAUGGGCAGCUUUUACAAAGCAUUACUCCGAUACAAACAAGUUAACAAUUUUAUUUUUUCCAUGGAAAGGAGAUAUAGGAAUGAAAAAGGAAAAAAUAUUUUUUUUAAUAAAACGUCAGCAGAGGAUUAUGUUAGGGGGAGAAAUAACGUGGAUGGGCAGGAAGAGAUUAACUGUUAUGUGGAAAGCAAUAUAAAGAAACUUUAUCAAGAUAGCAAAAAAAAGAAAAAUAUAAUAUAUAAUAAUGACACAUAUGAUUUGAACUUCUGUUUAGUGGGUACCAAAAAGAAGAGAAAAACAAAAAAAGAUAAGUAUGUUAGAACAAAGAUAUGGAAAAGGAAAUUAUUAAAAUAUGAAAAAGAUCUCUUCUGCGUGAGGAAUUUCAAUUAUAUGGAAAAUUGUUAUGGUAAGGAUAUCCUCCCUGAUGAAAGUAAUGAUCCUCUACAAUGCUGUAAAGAAUUGAUAGAAUUAUAUAAAAAAUGGAAGAUUUAUCAAAAAAAAAAAAUUUCUGGUUAUAUCAUUUUUAACCUGCGCAGUUUUAAUAAGGAUAAAAUAUAUUAUAAUGAAAAAAAAAAAGAGUUGUCCUCAUUUCAUGAACAUAUUUUGGGUUCAACUGAAUGUAGUCAAGAUGAGUCUUAUAAUCAUAACUAUAAUUCGACUAGCCAUUAUGAAUGGUUUUUUAAUUCGUUUGAAUAUGUAGGGAAGGUAGAAGAAAAUACAAAUAUGCUUAGUGAUAAAUUUUUUAAAAGAAUAGGAUGGAAUAAGAAUAAGAACAGUCAGAUGCUUAUAAAACCGGAAUUUGGGAAAAACUACGCCAUUGAAGGAAUGGUUGAUGAUUAUCCAUUUAGACGGAUGUUAAGUGUCGAAAUGGAUGAAGAGGUAGGUAGAGGCAGUGGUGUGAAUCUAACUACAUAUGAGAUGGAAAAGAUUCGAAAAAAUGAGGACAGUACAAAUUUGAAAGGAACAACACACAUAAAUGACCUAACCAUUAGUUAUCAUGUGAAUAACUGCACCGAAGAAUAUACCCAAUGGGAAGAUAAAAUAGUUAUACAUAGUAACAGUAGUAUCAAAAAUGAGGAUAUAAUAUAUUCCAAAAAAACAUCCACAGGUUAUAGUGACAAUAAAAAAAGUGCUCCUAUAAAUGAUACUGCGAAUAGUGGAAAUGCUUAUGAUUUUAUAGCACAACAGAAGGGUAUGGAAGAAGUUAAUACAAUGAAUCUAGUAAACCAAGGGAACAAUACAGAAAGUGUAUACAACGUGGUCGAUGUGGAUGAUGUGUAUAUUGUGGACCAUGCGUGCUGUGCAGACGAAAAAAGAAAAGGACUAAUCGGAAAGGGGGAGUUAAGCGCAGAUAUGGAGUUUACCCCAUGCAUGAGGAAGGUGCUCCCGGAGUCGAAGGAAAAGGAUGUUAAGCUAAAUCAAAUUGGAUUAGACGAGGGUAGAGUAGAAGAGAGUAGAAUAGACAACAGCGAGUUGGACCUGAGCAAUGUAAACGAGAGCGGGUUAGACCUGAGCAAUGUAAACGAGAGCGGGUUAGACCUGGGUAAUGUAAACGAGAGCGGGUUAGACCUGGGUAAUGUAAACGAGAGCGGGUUAGACCUGGGUAAUGUAAACGAGAGCGGGUUGGACAUGGGUAAUGUAAACGAGAGGGGGGUAGACCUGGGAAGAGUACACAGAAGCGGGUUAAAGCAGAUGGCCCUGAAUGAUAUAUUUGAACAUAUCAGCAAAUACACCAGUCGCAUAAGUAAGAACAUCCGUAUAACAAACCGGAACAGGUACGAUGAUUACCCGUAUGAUUUUUUAUGGACAGAAAAAUUUGAAAAGCAGUCCUUGUUAGCACCAACAAUAAAUGAAAUAAGAACAUUGAACACAGUUUUGAAUAUACCAAUAAUGAAAAUGAAUGAAAAUGAAAAAAGUUGUGUGUGGAAAUAUCGUUUUCAUCUAUUAAAUAGAAAAGAAACGUUAGGUAAAUUUUUAAAGUGUGUGAAUUGGAAUAAUAAAAAAGAAGAAGAAGAAGCGAUUAUAUUAUUAAGUAAAUGGUCAAAGCCUUGUUUGGAAAAUUGUUUAGAAUUAUUUCAUUCGUAUAUGCAUUAUACAGUUAUUAAAAAAUAUAUUAUGAAUAUAAUAAAUAAUACAAAAAAGGAUCAGCUAAAAUUGUAUCUAUUUCAGUUAGUACAAUGUUUGAGAACAUUUAAUCAUGAACACAUUGAUGAUUUGUUUAUUAACACGUUAAUACAUAAAUGUAUUAAGUCGAAGAAAUUGUCUAUAUAUUUACAUUGGCUUCUUUUAAGUGAAACAAAAGAUAAAUCAAAAGGAAAUUUAUAUAUACAUAUACAUAAAUUAUUUAUUAACAAAUUAAUGACAUCUAGUUUAAAAAAAAAAAAAGAAAUUCUAGAAAUUCUAAAAAAUCAAAACAGAUUCCGUAAUCAGUUGUUAUACCUAACUAAAAUUGCAAAGAAUAAAGCAGAUCGCAUACAAAACAAGACAAAAAAGUUGAGGCAUUUCUUAUUCUAUUAUAGAAAGAAUUAUGGCUAUAUUAAUAUUAAACAGUUUAUACAGAAUAACAUAUUCGUCACUGAUCAAAAUGUGUACGAUUAUGCUCACAUGAACGAAUAUGCUCAUGUGGAUGACUGUGUUCAUAUGUCCAACAACGAAAGAGAUGCUUCCACUUUUAAAGAGAAUGAAAAUGCACAUAGUUGUCGUAUUUCCACUGCGGUAAAUGAUCAUCACUCUAUUCAAAGGGGAAAAAAAGAGAAAAGGAAAAGUCAAACAGAGGAAGAAGCAAAGAAUGACCAGGAUAUAGGCAACAGUACACCAAGGCACACGUCCGAAGAUGACAAAGAGAAUGCAUUACGUGCAGAUGCUCCUGUGGGAAAAUGCCUUAUGGUGGACUCAACAAGAGAAAGCGCGCAUUGUGAUGCAAACAGUAACGCUAAUGAGAGAAGUGGUAAAACUAAUGAAGGAAGCAGUAAAACUAAUGAAGGAAGCAGUAAAACUAAUGAAGGAAGCAGUAAAACUAAUGAGAGAAGCGAUAAAACUAAUGAGAGAAGUGGUAAAACUAAUGAGAGAAGUGGUAAAACUAAUGAGCGAAGCAGUAAAACUAAUGAGCGAAGCGGUAAAACUAAUGAGCGACGUGGUAAGUCUAAUGAGCGAAACAGUAAAACUAAUGAACGAAGUGGUAAGUCUAAUGAGCGAAGCAGAGAUGUAACUCGAGCGGAAAAACCAAAUGCGCAGCAUUCUAUUAAAAAGGAUAGUAACAAUAAAGAAAUGUUUUUCGAAAAUGCAAAUAAUAAACACAACGAAAUGAGGAACUCCAUUUAUUACUUAACCAACGAACUAAGCAUUAACUAUGAUGUAAGUAAAGAUAUAUAUAAUUUUCAGUAUCAAAAAUGCGGUAAUCAUAAGUCAACAUCUGACGUUUGUGAUGAAUCUAAUAAAACGAUUAACUACAUUGAUGAUUCAAAAAAUAUAAGAAUAGAAAUAAAUAGAGAUAAUUCUUUUCUUUCAAAUUUUUUACAGUUUAGUGAUAAUUUUGAUUUUUUCUUAAGCACAACAUAUAGUGAUGAUGAUACUAAUAUAGAAAUUUUAGAUGACUCUAUAAGUAUUGUUCAGAAACAAAGAAUAAAAAAAAUUAAUGUACCUUUAAUUUUACCCAUUGAUCCCGAUAGUGAGUUAUUAACAUUUUUACCUGAACAAUCAUACGUUGUUCGUUCAUCACUUUACCCAAUUGUUAUUGCCUGUCUGGUCAGAAAAAAAAUAAAGCUCUCGCAUGAAAGCUUUCAUAAUCUGAUUAUUAAUAAACAAAAAUAUUUAAAGAAAAAUAUUAAAAAAAAAAAAAAUUAUUCUUUAUAUCAUUCUUGUAACUCUAAAUUUAUCAAGGCCAUGUAUAGCUCAUUUGACCAUGCGAGGAACUUUAAGUAUUAUUACAAAUAUUUGAGAUACCACAAUGAUAACAUCUUUUACAAGCAUAAGAAGAUAGAGAAGAUUUACAUGCAAAACACUGCCUUGUGCCAUAGCGAAUCGUCUAAUAAAAAAAAAAACUUGCCCAGUGGGAAUAGCAGUAUUAGCAAUCGAGGUAGUAAAAAUUGUGGAGAGGGGUUCAGACAAACCUUAAACGGAGAAAGUUCUGAACAUGUUAAGAAGCACAAUAGGAAAGCGGUGGAAGAAAAAGCGGUGGAAGAAAAAGCGGUGGAAGAAAAAGCGGUGGAAGAAAAAGCGGUGGAAGAAAAAGCGGUGGAAGAAAAAGCGGUGGAAGAAAAAGCGGUGGAAGAAAAAGCGGUGGAAGAAAAAGCGGUGGAAGAGAUAGCAGCGGAUGAGAUAACAGCGGAUGAGAUAACAGCGGAUGAAAAAGAAAACAGUGUAAGUAAGAAAUGCGUGAAAAAAUAUAACGAAAUAUACGAGUUGUCUAUAAAAAAAUAUAUUUACAAAGCUGGUGACGACUUAAGGCAAGAUCAUUUGGUAAUACAAAUAAUAUAUAUCAUUGACAAUAUUUGGAAAAGAUAUGGAUUGAAUUUAAAAUUAACAUUAUAUAGAGUUUUAGCUCUAUCAACAGAUGAUGGAUUUAUUGAGUUUGUUGAUUAUGCUGAGUCUAUAUCAUCUAUAAAAAGAAAUUAUAAAGGGGAGAUACGGCAAUAUUUUAUUGACAACAGUGAAGAAACAGACUCCCCCUUAGGUUUUGACGUACAAAUAUUAGAAAAUUUUAUAUCAAGUUGUGCAGGUUACAGUGUAAUAACAUAUAUAUUAGGAAUAGGAGAUAGACAUUUAGAUAAUUUAAUGGUUUCAAAAGAUGGCUGUUUUUUUCAUAUUGAUUUUGGGUAUAUUUUUGGGGAAGACCCAAAACCUUUUUCUCCUCCUAUGAAAUUAUGUAAAGAAAUGAUUGAGGCUAUGGGUGGAGCGCAUAGUUCAGGCUAUGAACAGUUUAUAAAAAAGUGUUGUCUAGCUUAUAAAUAUUUAAGAUAUCAUUCAAAGUUAAUCAUAAGCUUACUUGAUUCCAUGUGUGAAUCAGGACUUAAAGAUAUGAAAAUGAGUCCUGAAUUAUGUGUCUUAAAAGUUCAAGAAAAGUUUAGACUUGAUUUAAAUGAUGAAGCAGCGGAAAUAUAUUUCUUAAGUGUUAUUAAUGCAUCAGUUAAAACUCUCUUUCCAGUUGUUGUUGACAAAUUGCAUGAGUGGGCUCUCAACUGGAAGUGA